AUGGCCAUCAUCACUACAAAGAGCAUUAAGAAGUCAUACAAUGAAGAUGAAUGGUUUUGUUAUACAUCGGAAGCUUGCAUUGAAGAAGAUUACAACAACGGGGAUGGAGACUCUGAUUCCGAACUAAAUGCAUACAGAGAAGGUGAUGACGAUGAUGAUGGUGAUUAUGACUAUGCUCCAGCUGCAUAA